UUAACAAUCAAAUUAAUCAAAAUGAAAACAAAACAAAAACAAAACCAAAUAUCCUUUUAGCUUUUGGGUUUCUGGUUACAAAUCUCAAAUGUUUAUCUUAAUGAGAAACAAUUUUUCCUAAUCAAGUUGAUUGUUAACCAACACAAUCAAUUGAUUUUCUAAUUUCUCUUAUUAAACACCAACAACCCAAUGUUCAGGUUAAUGUUCAGUCCAUUUCAUGUCAGGCCACUUUUACCUGUAUAAACUCAUCACCAUCAUCAUCAUUAUCUUCAUCAUCUAAUUACAUUCCUGUUUCUCAAUUGAUUCUUUGUCUCCAGACCCUCAAGGAACUUGUUUCAUCCAUUUGGGUUGUCAGUUGGAAGGAUAAACGAUUUGACCAUUUAACUGUUUUUCUUUUUUCCAUUUUUUACCCUCAAUUGAAACAUGGAUCAUCCUGAUGAGGCAAAUGACAAUGAAUUAAGUGAUUUACUUGAAAGUACCUUAGGUGAUUUCUUUAAAUCUUCGGCAUCAUCAUCAUCUACCUUAAAUGCUACCUCGUCAUCUUCAUCAACUGGAAGGACAUUUGGUCAACUACCAAAUGGAACAUCACCUUUUGAUCAAUUUACCAAGAAACAUUUAGAUAAAUUUGGUAAAGAGGGUAAAAAUACCCAUGGUGAUAGUGAAGAAGAUCAGAGUGAUACCGAUGAAAAUGAUGCCGAAAAAGUUAAACAAAAGCUUGAUGAACUUCUCAAUGAUUUCAUUGAAAAAGAGCCACAAUUAAGGGAACAUUGGCAAAAAUUAAGUGAAUCUUACCAAUUGCCAGCUGGUUCCGAAGAAGCUUUUGAUACUUUAAAUGAGACCAUGAAGAGUCUUUCAGAAUCUGCUAAAUCGAUUAACAGUGAUGGUGAUAUUUCCGAAGAAGAAUUAUCCCGAUUAUGGAAUAAACUUGGAAUCUCUGGUGAAGGACAAGGAGAUCAGAAUGAAGAAGGUGUUGUACCUGAAGUGUUUUCCCUUGUCACCAAUUUGAUGCAAAAUCUUCUAUCUAAGCAAGUUUUAUAUCCUUCCAUUAAAGAUCUAAGUGAACGGUAUCCUGGUUGGAUUGAUGAACAUCGAAAUGAAUUAGAUGAAGGUGACCUGGAACGUUAUACCAAACAGUUUAAUCUGAUGAAACAGGUUUGCGUUGAAUUUGAAGCUGAAAAUGAAUCCGAUCCAUCCGAAGUUAAAGAUUCCCGAUUCCAGAAAAUAUUGAAAAUAAUGCAAGAUAUGAAAGAUUGUGGGUCACCACCCAAAGAAUUGGUCGGUGAUGUGCCGGACAUUGGAUCGGACCUUGACUUUAGUAAAUUAUCCGAAAUGGCCGGUGGAAUGGGAGGUGGACCAAGCGAACAAGGUUGCUCAAUGAUGUGAUAAAAAAGAUUUUUUCUUUUCUUCUGUUUUAUAAUUAAGACACAAUUCUAAUGGGAAAUGUUUUAAUUGUAAAUAUAAUCAUCUUUUCUUCAUGUUCCAAAUUUAAUUUAACCCUAAUUUCAGCGAAACAAUUUAAUUUACUAAACAACAACAACCAGAACAAUCAACAACAAUUAAGGUGGCCGGGAGAAAUUAACUUGAUUAGUUAACAGAAAAUAAUUUUUUUCUUACAAUUAUCUUAUUACCAAUUUGAUUUUAAAUUUUAUUUUGAAUAUUUAGUUUGAGGUUUUGUUUGUUUUUCUUUUUGUAAGCAAAAAAAAUAAUUAAUUUGAUUGUAAAUAAAUUAAAAUAAAUUAAUAGACAAAUUGAUCAACAA